AGAAAACCUUAAAAAUACCCUCGAAAGAAAAACAAACUUACAGAGUGCGUUGGCUGGUGCUUGGCCGCUGGAUUUGGCGCAUAUUAAACCUUGCACUCGUGAGACUUAAACCUACCUUACCUGCCUACCUGCCCUACACAAAACUUUAAAUAAACCCUCUUAAGAAAAACGAGCUUGCAGAGUGCGUUGGUGGGUGCUUGGUCACUGAGUUAGACAGAUAUUUAGCCUUGCACUCGUGAAACUUAACCCUACCUUACCUGCCUACAUGCCCUACAUAAAACCUUAAAUAAACCCUCGCAAGAAAAAAAAAAACUUAAAGUGCGUUGGCGGGUGCUUGGUCACUGAACUAGACCCAAACACAAACCUUCCGCCUUGCAAAUUAGAUACCUACCUGCCUACCUGCUCUACACGAAACCUUAAACAAACCCUCGAAAGAAAAACGAACUUACAGAGUGCGUUGGCGGGUGGUUGGUCACUGGAUUAGACUCGUAUUGAACCUACCUUACCUGCCCUACACAAUACCUUAAACAAACCCUCGAAAGAAAAACGAACUUACAGAGUGCGUUGGCGGGUGGUUGGUCACUGAACUGGACCCAAACACAAACCCUCCUCCUUGUAUUCGAAUCCCAAACCAAGGCACUUAAAACCCACGUCCCGGGCGGCCAGAGGUAACCAUGCCUGUGUCCUGACCCUCUCGCCUUCCCCUUGAGACCAUAUCCGCCCUCUCCUCCGACUGACCGACGUUAUGGGCGGGAGCAUGGGCAAGGGCGGGUCGGGGAAGGGUAUGUCACUCCUGGACGCCCUUCCCUCCCUCAACGCGCCUCUCCAUGUGGUGAUGUUGGGUCUGGACUCCGCCGGAAAGACCACCGCGCUGUACCGGCUAAAGUUCGACCAGUACCUCAACACCGUUCCCACCAUCGGGUUUAAUUGUGAGAAGAUUAAAGGAACGUCCGGAAGGUGUAAAGGCACGAGCUUCCUGGUCUGGGACGUAGGCGGACAGGAAAAGCUACGGCCGCUCUGGCGCUCCUACACGCGCUGCACGGACGGCAUCGUGUUCGUGGUGGACUCUACGGACACGGAGCGCAUGGACGAGGCCAAGAUGGAGCUGGUAAGGACCGUCCGUGCCCCUGAGAACCACCACGUACCGAUCCUCGUCCUGGCCAACAAGCAGGACCUCCCCGGGGCCAGAGACGCUAAGCAGGUUGAGAAGAGCCUGGGCCUGUGGGAGCUCGGCCCGUCUCAGCUGUUCCACGUCCAGCCGUCCUGCGCCAUCAUCGGGGACGGGCUGGCGGACGGCCUCGAGUGCCUCUACGAGAUGAUCUGCAAGAAGAAGAAGAUCACGCGCAGCAGCCACAAGAGUAGCAAGAAGAGGUGAUGCGAUGCCGUGCGUGCGAUGCCUCACCUUCAUCUCUUACCUUGUUUUUAUACCUGUUUUUUUUUUACCUUUUUUUAUCAUAUCCCGCUCCUCCUCCUCCUCCUCCUCCUCCUCCUCCACCUCCUUGAAGACAACAUAUGCGCCCCUUUUUUUCCCUCCCUUUUCUCCCUCUCUCCCUCUUUUUGUUAUAUAUACGUCCCUUCCUCCCCUUCUCCUCCCUCCCCUCCUCUCCCCACAACAAUUACCCCUCCCCUCUUCCCUCCCCCCUGUCUCCCCCCCCCUUUUAGUAUACAUAUUCCGGUACUACGUUCUCGCUAGUACACACACACACACACACACACACACACACACACACACACGGCUGUAUUAGCUUUAAGAUGUAUUGAUAAUGAUAAGACUGUGAAAUAAAUGUCUAUGUGUGA